UGGGUUGGAGUUAAUCAGUUUUCUCUCGGCCAACUCAGAAAUCGGAUUGCGGACAAAAUGCAGUCAAGCGGCGUCUCAGUAUUCUUCGUAUGGAUGGCUCUGUGGUGCCUGGUUCCUUGCAGUAUCGAAGCCUCCGAUGGAUUCCCAUCGCCUCUGAAGCGCUGCAAGGUGGAGGACGAGUCGUGCUUGGUGGCGCAGGCGCAGACCUUCUUCAAGGCUUUCAAGAAGGGUAUUCCAGAGCGGCAGGUGACUGGUUUGGAGCCCAUCGACCUGGGAACUAUGCGCGUGGACAGCGGUGGCCAUUCGGAGUCGUUGCAAUUCAAGUUGAUCAUGAGCAAUGCCAAACUCUAUAACCUGGCCAACUCCGUUGUGGUCAAAAGCCUGAAGGGUUUUACCAAGGACCUUACCAAGCCGCUCAAGCUAACCAUGGUCAUGGAUGCACCAGAACUGGAAGUGCGGGCCAAGUACGAUGUGGACGGCAAGCUGCUCAUCCUGCCCAUCGUUAGCAAGGGCGAUGUGACUAUUCGAAUGACCGAGGUCUUGACCAAGUGUAGGAUUAUGGCAGAGCCCGUAAAGCGUUCUGAUGGUCAUGCAUACCUCAACAUCACCGAUUACAAGACGGUCACGAAGAUCCAAGGUGGCCACUUUAACAUGUCGAACCUGUUCAACGACAACGUGGAGUUGAGGGAAAGCACCUUGAAGGUCCUGAAUCAGGAGUGGAACACCCUGGCUGUCGAUGUCCAGCCUAAGAUCAACGAGGCCUGCUCCAAGGCCUUCAGAUCAAUCCUGCAAAACCUUUGGAACAACAUACCUUAUGACGAGUUCUUCGAAGAUGAAUAAGUUUGGGCGUAAGAAUACUUUCUUAAUACCACUUAACAAAUUUUUUUAACGUAAAAAAUUAAGUAAAUAUCCCCAAUCCCCAUUCUCCGCCCCAAUGAAAAAAACGAUUCUUUGCUCCUUUUUGUAUUUAUUAUACAAAACUAAAAAAUAAAUUAAAAAGCCUUAGGGAGUAUGGAUAAAAUGUUAAAAACAGAGAUGGGUUUCUUGAAGAAUUGUAACUCGACAACACAUUUAAUAUUUCUGAUUAAAACAAAAAGCAGAUUUGAUCUUAGCUUUUCCUGAUAUGA